AUGAAACCAGAACAAAAGUAUUCAGAAUGGGUUGCAGAAGUGCGGGGCAUAGCAUGGAAUUGCAGGUUCGUGUGUAGUAACAAUACUUGCAAAACGUCAUUUAUAGAUGACCUGCUUCGAGACAUUUUAGUUUUGAAUUCGCCACAUGAACCGGUACGCACUGCAGCACUACAAAAGCCUAAUCCGGCACUCGCAGAUGUUAUAGCUAUAGCCGAAAGCUAUGAAACAACACAGGCCAUGAAAAAGCGGAUGUCAUCUAGCACAGCAGAACGCAGCGAAGUAUUUCAGCUGAAACAGCACCAAGCUGAAAAAAAGCUUAAGCCAAGCGCAAGCAAGAGUAACUGUUUUCAAUCCUGUUCUGGGUGCGGGAAGCACCACUCCAGAAGCCAAUGCAAAUUUCGAAAUGCACAAUGCCGAAAGUGCAAUCGUUUCGGCCAUAUCGUACCAGUUUGUAAAGCACAAAGUGCAAUUACCGACAAUAAAAAUUAUAAAAAGGAGAAGCAACCGCAGACUAACAACAAUAACGCUCAGCGAAGUGUGUCAACGAUCAACUUUGUUGCUUCAAUUACGAGCACCGUGCCAAACAAAGUAGGAAACAAAUAUGUGAUUGAAAUAGGGGUGAAUGAAGUACCGGUCAAGUUUCAGAUGGAUACCGGCGCCACUUGCUCCGUGAUUGGCUUAAUUAAUUAG